AAUGAAUGAAGCCCUCUGUGCGAUUGUGUGAAGCUGCAACUUCCUGAACGAGCCGGCACGUGUAGGCAGGUGCGUGUUUACAUUCACUUUUAUACUACAGGGUAAUGUUUUGUUAUCAAUACCUGCUCAGAAUACAGAAUUUAUUCACUCUGCCAGUGUCUAAAGUGUUAUGCAUAACUGUAGCUAUACCUUACACUAACUGUGCACUCUUAAUUGUAGUUAUAAAGUGCACACAUAUAAGAAAUCGUGAGUUUAACAGUAAAAUGUUGCAUUAACUUAAGUCUUGUGAGAGAUUUUCAUACUUUAUUUCAUUCAAGUAUUUAAACAUUCAAUACAAACAAGGAAAAUCUCAAACAUGUGAAUGAAAAGGAGCAGAAAGAAGAAAACUCUUAGAGUCUGCCCCUCUUUCAUGAGAAAUUAAUCAACUAAACACAUAAUAAAAGCAAACAAGAGCUGCAGGCCAACAUGCCUUUUUACAGUUCAUUAUUUCUUAUUUUCAAAAACAACCCAGAACAGAAAAGACCACAUUAAUUCACAUUUUUUUCACGAAACAAACAUACCAAGACGUAGAUUAACAUAUUUCCCUGGCUUUGAGACUUUUUUUGAAGAUAAAAUUUGAUUUAGCUUCUUUAGUUUCUUUGUUCAGAUUGUUCUCACUGUAACACAGCGCUCUCAGUUUAGUUCUGAAUCUUGGAUUUUAAAUAUUUCAAAUCCUUUUAAAUUAUAACAACUUUCUCUUUUUUCAAAUCGGUAAAAUUUUCUUAUGAGCUUUAUACUACCUACCUUCCUACCCAUCCACCCACCUACCGAUCUACCUUCUUACCUACCUACCUACCUACCUACCUACCUACCUAGCUACCUAGCUACCUACCUACCUAAAGCAUCAAUGUUUUUCCUUUGCUGCCCAAUAGCAUAAACUUUAUUUUUCCAAUAUUUUAAGAUAAUUUAUUCACAUCAAACCUCUGUCUAUUUUUUUUCAUUUCUUUUCCGACCACCUCAAAUACACAUUCUAAAAAAUGUUUAUACUCUCAUAUGAUCUGAUUGUGGAUUAUAUCCUCAUAACUUGUCCAUAAACAUUGAUCAGCUGUGUCAGGUGUCACUUCUCACCUAUAUCUUGCCUUCAAAUACCUGUCAACAUGUCCACUCUCACUUAAAUGACACAUCCAGGGAAACUAUUGGACUAUGGGAAGUUAAUCAUUAUCACCUUUGACAGCCACAGACAGGAUCUGAGAGCUGUCCGCUCUGCCGCUAAAGGAGAUUACUAUCUUCUAUCUACAUGUUCCUUUCUCCUGUUUUUUUUUUUACCCACUUCUUACCUACUCUGCAUUUAUUUUCACAGCUCAAUCCCUAUAAGACAUGACCAAGAACAAGCCCAAAGCGGAGGGCCAGAGGGAUGAAGCCGAGGGUCAGGAUGGAGGAUGGGGCUGGGUGCUGGUCGGCGCCCUCUUCGUCAGCACGAGUCUGGUGUUCGGCCUGAUGCGCAGCCUCGGGAUCUUCUUUGUGGAGUUUGUGCAGUACUUUGAAGAGAGCGCUCAGGCCAUCUCCUGGAUCUCCUCCACUGGACUGGCAGCUCAGCAGUUCUUCAGUGAGUCCAAGUAUGAAUGUGUUUUUUCCAAUUACAACAAAAACAAGAGCAGCAGCUCUGAUGUAACAGAAGUUUAUUUAUAUUAGAAAUGAAACACACAGGGAAAGAUGUCAGUGAAGGGGAGCAGAGAGGAGGUUUUUGAACCAUGUUAUCUUUAAGGCUGCCACUCAUUAACCCUCUAACAAGCACCAGUGGGUCACUUAUGAAGAACUCAUGUUGCAAUGCUAAACACUGUACAAACCCUCGUAACCUUAUUGAAGAUUUUAGUGUUGACAAAGUCUCAAGAAACAACAUAGAGUGUAUGUUUGAUUGGAAAUGAGUGAGACUAUCCAAAAAAAAAACAAAAGAAAAAAAAAGAAAAGAAAAGAAAAGAAACGAAGAAGCGCUUGGGGUUGGAGGAGGGGGUUUAAGAAAGUAACAUUAUUGGAGCAGCCUUUUUCGUGACACUGCUCAAAUUAUUCAGAUUUUUCUUUCCUUUAGUAAUGUAAAGAUAACUCGUCUACAGUAGCUUCUGAAACCAUUGUAAUAUUUCCAAUGUUUCUACAGCUUAUUAAAGUUUCUAAGUUGUUUAAAAGGCUUAAAACACUGAUGGAGAUGUUGAUGUAUGUUUGUGUUUUCCUCUGCAGGUCCUCUGGGUGCGGCGCUGUGUAACGCCUACGAUGCUCGUGUGGUGGUGAUGACAGGGGGAUGUCUCGCAGGACUCGGCCUCAUUCUCGCCUCUCAGGCCACAUGCCUGGUUCACCUUUACCUCACCAUGGGUGUUAUCUCAGGUAAAGUGUGAAUAAUAACAACAACAGAUUGGACUAAUUUAAAGCUUGUUUUUCAUCAAACAAAUAAGUUUUGAAAACUUAGAAGAAAAGAAAAAGUAAUUUUUCUCAACUAGGGAUGGGAAUCGAGAACCGGUUCCAAAUGGUUCAAUCCAUCAACAACAUUUACGUUUUAUCUUAAUGAUUCCCUUAACGAUUCCUUUCUUCUGGGUGCCUUGAAAAAAGGUCUCGCGAGUUCUAGUCUACGCAAACGGGAACAGAGACAGAAAAAAACAUGGCGGACAGCACAAAAAGUAGACAGAAAUGGGUUAAAACGUGGCUUAAUUUUACUAAGAAAGACGACAACAGUGCAGCAUUUGUCGGGCAGUGAUAACAUGCAAAGUUGGAAACACCAGCAACAUGAUUAAACAUUUGUCAACGGAGCAAAGAGAAGCAUUGAUAAGGGAAUCGUUAAAGAAUUGAAUCGAUAAGCAGAAUCGAUAAUUGCAUUGAUAUCGAUAUAAUAUUAUCAAUUCCCAUCCCUAUUCUCAACUGUUUUUGUCUCGUCCAGGUCUGGGCUGGGGGCUCGUCUUCACACCCAUGGUGGCUACCGUCAUGGCUAACUUCACUCGCAGACGCGCCCUGGCAUUGGGACUGGGGUUUUCAAGCAUCGGCCUCUCCUCCUUCGCCUUCAACCCGCUCUUUCAGCUGCUGGUGGAGGUGUUUGCGUGGCGGGGGGCCUUGUUAAUUCUGGGGGGCCUCAGCCUUAACAUCGUGCCCUGUGGAGCCCUCAUAAGACCGAAGAGACGCUCCAAAUCUCCAGAAAAGGUGGGGGAAAACUCUAUUCUCUGGUGUUUUGAUUUGUUGCGCUAGGUUGUGGGUUUUUAAGCCCUGCACAAUGUCUGAAGGAAGGCUAGGGCUGUGUUGAGAUAAAUUCUAUCAUGAAGAAAACAGAUAUUUCAUUAAACCCCAUUAAACCCCUCCGUUAGAUCAACUCUGAGUCUAAACCACGUGCUUCCAUCCUGCACCGAGUCUCCUCCCACCUGGAGCUAUCGCUGCUCUUCGAGAGGCCUUACAUCACCUACACCUUGGCUGUCACGCUCCUAAACGUCGGCUACUUCGUGCCGUAUUUCCACCUUGUUGCCCACAGUCGACAAGCCGGCUUCUCUGAGUACCAAGCCGCUUUCGUCAUGUCAGCCGCCGGCGCCACUGACAUCCUGGGUCGCGUUGCAUCCGGCUGGUUCUCAGACCUGGGUCACUUCAGAUUGCUUCAUUUGUUGAGCAUAUGGACGACGUUGGCGGGAGUGUUUAUCAUGCUGCUGCCUGUGAGCUCCUUAUCUGGGUCCUACCCGGCACUCAUGGUGAUAAGCCUCCUCUACGGCUUCUGCUCCGGGGCCCUGACCUCUCUGGUGUUCGCCGUCGUGCCAAUGAUCGUAGGUGUGGCGCGUGUGAUGGGGGCCCUCGGGCUGCUGCAACUCAUAGAAAGCGGGGCUGGACUUCUCGGGGCUCCACUGUCAGGUAAGAAGAAAGAGCGCUGUACUCUGUAUGUUAUGUAGGUCAUGUCACCUUGUUUCAUGUUAUCUGAAGAGACUUGUAUCAAUCUUAAACUGAAGUUAACAAACUGACCCUGAAGUAGUCAAACAUUAAUUUGACCCAUUGGGGUCAGUCAGUCACCUGUCCUCUUCUUUUGUCUGUUUAAGGUCAAACACUUACUUCUUAACUCAACACGCAACUUUAAAGGGAUAUUCCCGCGUAAAAUUAAGUUGGGGUCAAACACACUGUGACACUGAGUUAGACAACCCCUCGAGAGAUGAAUGUUGCUGACCGCUUGCUUCUCUAGUUAAACCAACUUUAGUAAGGACCACAGAUAGCAAUACACAGAGCCACAUGCUCAACGAAAACGCCACUCUAUAGCCACAGAUAAUGCUCAGAACAGCACCUAACUUCAUCAACAGUACAUAUAAGGUCCCAGCUAUAGCACUAGCCACCAAACAUCUUUGUAACUUUGCCUAAUUUCUAUAGCAAAGAGACUAAACACAACUCACCUACUCCCUUCCAGCAGCCGCUUGUUAGUAGCGAGACCUCAGGCAAGUCCAUUGACUGCAGUGGGGUGACGCAGCUCAAGGAAAAACAUUUAUGAUCAUUACUGUAUUAUUUACUUGAAGUAAUAAUCAUCAUAUUCAUCAUUUUGCACUGCAGACACGGUAGUUCUUCUGCCUUAGCGUCUCGGUCUGAUUUAAUUUCCAUGAAGAAAUGAUCAUAGAUGUUCUUCCUUGAGCUGCGUCACCCUGCUGCGGUCAGUUUGGACUGGCCCGAGGUCUCGCUACAAACAAGUGGCUGCUGGAAGGGAGAAGGUGAGUUGUGUUUAUUCUCUUUGCUAAAAAAAUUAGGCAAAGUUAAAAUGAUGUUUGGUGGCUAGUACUAUGGCUGGGACCCUAUAUGUACUUAGUUAGGUGCUGUUCUGAGCAUUAUUUGUGGCUAUAGAGUGGCUUUUUGUUUGAGCGCAUGGCCCUCUGUAUUACUAUCCUGUGGUCGUUACUAAAGUUGGUUUAACUGGAGAACUAAGUGGUCGGCAACAUUCAUCUCUCGACGGGGUGCCUACCUCGGUGUUACGGUGUGUUUGACCCUAAAUUAAUAUUAAGGGAAUAUUCCUUUAAGUUACAUUAUGCAUUGUUUACAGACUAUCUUAAAGAUACAGUUUGGGGUUUUUUGAAGUGGGAUCUCUUCUAUUGCAUCAUUUGUUGUCUUGCAUUUAGGAGUUUUUACCAGCUCCCCACAUUGAUUACUUAUCUGCAAAAGCAACAGAAAUUUUCAUGAUUGGUUUAUGUGUCUGUAUUAUUAAUCAUCAUGCCUUAAAAGUUCAGGAUUGCUUACAUCUGACACCCUGUUUCUUUAAUUUCAUAAAGAAGUCAUAUUAUCAGUAUCUGGUCCUCACAGUACAUGAAUAUGUCCCUAAGUACUUUCUCUUCUCCAUGUCUACAGGCUUUCUUAAGGACGUCACAGGCAACUACAUCGCGUCCUUCAUGGUGGCAGGCAGUUUUCUCAUCCUCGGCACUCUGACCAUGGCCACCUUGCCUCACUACUUCUCCUGCAAAGAUCCUCCACCUCCACAAAGACCUUCCCCAGAAGAUAAAGAUAAGAGUUUACAAUCAGAGGUAGAGCCCUCUGUCACUGAGAGAUCAGUGAUCUGACAGAUGAAAAAGCUAGUAGACCGGAGAGUUAGGAAUUAAACACUUUUAUACACUACAGAUACGUUAGUUUAUACACUACUGCAGUUGAGUUUGUAUUUUUACCUCACCGACCUGGAAAGUAGAAAGAAGUCUGCAAGUAAACACAACCAGCACAAGGGGCCAGAAUCUGUUACACGCACAAACCUCAGUUUCAUGUUUAGACUUCUGCUUAGGAGAAAACUUUUUACUACUUUGAUAACAAUACUUUGAUGUGUGGUUGCUUUUUAUGCUUUAUAGGAUGAAGACACUUGAAGGAAAAUGAGUUUUUGAAAUUCUUUUGCCAUAAUAUUCAAGAUUUGUGACUCCGUUAUAUUUGUUCUUGGUUUUUCUUAUGAGAGAAAAUAUGAAAAUGAUUCUGCUGCACUGGUAUUGAUAAUACUGCACUUGAUUGAUUAAUCGUUAAUUUUUGCGUAUGAAUGCAAACAAUCACAUAAAUGCAUUAAUAGCAAUCAAAACUACCUGCUGCAUCAGUGCACUUAAUUUAAGGUUGGUCGAUUAGUAAGAGGAAUAAUGUAGAAAAGACAGUGAAAAGAAAGGACAAUGUCCAAACAAGACAGAGCCUCCCUAAGACAAAAUGUGUUGAUGUCUCAACCCUUCUGCAAACAAAACUCUACAUUUCAUGGUGGAGAUCCCUCAGAUUGUCUCAGUCCACAGAGUAAAGCCACUUGUGUCUGUUUGAAGUGGAUGCUCAAAGCUGUGAACUUUGUUAGGGCCUGUGUCCACCAACAGCAUUUUUCAAGUCAAACCCCGUGCUUACCAAAGUCACUUUUUCCUCAUUGAUCAAUUAAAAUAACAUUUUUUUUUUAUAUAGACUAUAAUGUAACUCUUGAGGAAGGUUAAAGUGCUGGAAGACAACCAGAAUUGAGGUUAUGGGAGCUACUAGUGUAAAAAUGCUGUUGGUGGACACAGGCCCUUAGUCUCCAUUUCUCUCCCCUCCUCCUGUCGCUUCUCCGUUAAUCUAGAGCUGAGACCAGCAGAGAUAUCAAUCAUGUUUAUGUGCCCCCUUUUAUCAAAAGCAUUGCACUUAUUAAAACUGGUUUUUGAGUCAAAUGAAAACUUGAACAACCAAAACUCAUGAAAAAAAAAACAUAAUUUUUAAUCAGUUUUUGAUUAAAAAAUUCGAGCUAUGUCCUUUAUGUUAACAUAUGAGCUUAAUGAUCUCAAAGAAGAGCUCUAAAUGUUUUGGCUUUACUUUGGGGAGCCUGUCUCAAAAUACAAUAAUGUUGUCACUUUGGUCAAAUUUAUCAAAGUUAUAAUCCCUCUGCAUCCCUCAUUGUUAAUAUCUAAGCACAAAAAGUUCCCCCAACCUCUGGGGUUACCAGCAAAUCUCUGCUUCAGGACUCUAACUUUCCAUAAGUGCAUUAAGCUUCUGUACAAGAAAGCAGGACUGUGAUUCUAAAGUACAUUUCUGAUUAGUACUUUUAUAAGCACUUUGUACUUUUGCAAACCAUAAAACCAGUGUGUGUGUGUGUGUGUGUGCACAUGUGUGUGUAAAUCUGUGAUGUUUGACUCGUGGAACAAAGCUGUGAGAACAUCUGGGUCACUUUGACCUGCUAAAACCUGCCAGUUAGAGAUCAUUGCGACACUAAAGGGGGCACGCAACUUUAAGUCAUGUCAUUGCGCUAACAGUCAUAAAAAGAAGGAACUGUUGUUAAUGUUGAUAGUUGGAAAAUAUUCAAAUCGACUGUCUUUUCUUGUUUCUUUGUGCCUAAAACUUGUAACGUCUUUGGUCCAAAAUCAACCACUCUGAUGGCAGACUGCGUUCUGUGGCAUUGAAUGUUCAAUGUGAUUUUUUUUGUAUUUAUUUUUGAUUAAAAAAAAAAAUAUGAA